ACCUGAACGCUUCACGGGUCCCACAAGACGCUGCAACAUGGUUGUGAGUGCACUGCUGACCACGUUCUUAUGCACCGUGGCGCUUCCCAUUUUGCUGUUCCUGAUGGCCGUGAAGCUGUGGGAGGUUUACAUACUCCGAUGCAGAGACCCGAACUCCCCCUGCCCGCUGCCCCCCGGAUCCAUGGGCUUACCUUUCAUUGGAGAAACGCUACAACUCAUCCUCCAGAGGAAAACUUUUCUUCGGAUGAAACGAGAGAAGUACGGUUACAUCUACCGCACACACCUCUUCGGGAACCGCACGGUGCGCGUGACCGGCGCGGAUAACGUCAGGCAGAUCCUUCUGGGGGAGCACAGGCUGGUAUCCGUGCAGUGGCCCGCUUCUGUUCGCACUAUCCUGGGCUCGGAGACACUCUCUAACUUGCAUGGAGCUCAGCACAAGACUAAGAAAAAAGCUAUCAUGCAGGCCUUUUCCAGGGAAGCUCUAGAGCUAUACAUCCCCAUUAUCCAGGAGGAAGUGCAGGCUGCAGUGAAGGAGUGGCUGGCAAGCGACUCCUGCGUGCUUGUCUACCCAGAGAUGAAGCGGCUGAUGUUCCGCAUUGCCAUGAGGGUUCUGCUGGGCUUUGAGCCAGAGCAGAUUAAAAAUGAUGAGCGUGAGCUGGUGGAGGCUUUUGAGGAAAUGAUCAAGAAUCUGUUCUCUUUGCCCAUUGAUGUGCCUUUCAGUGGACUGUACAGGGGUCUGAAAGCAAGGAACUUCAUCCACUCCAAGAUUGAGGAGAACAUCAAGAAGAAGGUGCAGGAGUCAGACCAGGAGUGGAAACACAGAGAUGCCCUGCAGCAGCUCAUAGACAGCAGCAACAAGAACAGAGAGCCCAUCAGCAUGCAGGCCAUCAAGCAGUCUGCUACAGAGCUGCUGUUUGGGGGGCAUGAAACCACAGCCAGCACAGCCACCUCUUUGGUCAUGUUCCUGGGUCUAAACCCCAAAGUAGUGGACAGACUAAGGCAGGAACUCAUAGACAAGGUGGAGCAGGGUAUGGACCUCCAGAGUCUGAACAUUGAGUCCUUGGAGCAGUUGAAAUACACAGGCUGUGUCAUUAAAGAGACACUCAGGAUCAACCCUCCUGUGCCUGGAGGCUUCAGAGUAGCCCUCAAAACCUUUGAGCUCAAUGGUUACCAGAUUCCCAAAGGUUGGAAUGUUGUAUAUAGCAUCUGUGAUACUCAUGAUGUGGCACAAAUCUUCCCCAACAAAGAAGACUUCCAGCCAGAGCGCUUCAUGACCAACCCUUGUGCUAACUCCUCCAGAUUUCAAUACAUCCCAUUUGGGGGUGGCUCCAGGAUGUGCAUUGGGAAGGAAUUUGCCAAGGUUAUGCUGAAGGUUUUCCUGGUGGAGGUGGUUACAAAGUGUCAUUGGACUCUUUUAAAUGGGCCUCCAACCAUGAAAACAGGACCUACUGUCUAUCCUGAAGACAACCUACCAACCAAGUUCACUAGCUAUGUACAAAAUUAAACUAAUAUGUUGAGGAUUUUUUCCUAGAACAGACUAAAUGUCGAAUGUUUUGGCUCCAGAAACGGAUCAUAGGCCACACCACUUACAACAGAAAAUGUUUUUUUUUUUCUUUUUGCCACAUGUCAGUGUGGUGUUUUUAAGCAUUAACUGUACAUACUGUAGAUUACACAAGAGCAUAUUUUAUACUAUACUAUUUAUACAUUGAUUUGUAUAUAUUUUCUUGAUAUAAGCAAACUAAAUGAGACACUUUGUA